AUGAAUGCACAUUUUCUCUUACUUGCAGGCAAUCAUGACAGGAGCUUGAACCUCGACGUCAGCGAGAUAAAGGUGUACUUCUACGACUUACCCAAAAACCACGUGGAAACAUUCACAAUAGAAAAAGCCGCCAACGGCAUCCUCUCCAUCAAAAACCUGGACAAGAGCAAGAGAUUCAUUAUCUUUGUCGGAGGCUUCAAGUCCAACAUCAACAAAAGAACAGAAGAGAAAGUCAGACAGACCUUCAGAAACUUCCCCAACAGUUACCUGAUCAUCCUCGACCAUUCCCCUUACACGAACGAUAAACAAGGCAUCAAAAAGAGCUACGAAAGGUCCGUGAAAUAUGUCCACUAUAUUGGCAAAGCGUUGGGCAAUAUGCUUGCUAAGUUAUCAGAAGGAGGUAUUUCGCCGAAGAGCAUACAUUGCAUUGGCCACAGCUUAGGGAGCCAAAUCUUGGGUCAAGCUGGCGAGGUCUUUUUUAACAGCACGAGAAAGAAAGUCUGGAGGAUUACCGGCUUAGACCCAGCUGGUCCGUGCUUCUCCAACAGCUUAAUGCAAGAGCAAAUCAGGUCUGGGGUGGCAGAAUAUGUGGAGGUGUACCAUUGUAAUGCUGGAGGAUUAGGCACCACUUGUAUAAUAGCCGAUGUGGACUUUUUCGUCAACAGAAAGGGAGCGUCACAGCCGAACUGCGGCAAUCAUGACAGGAGCUUGAACCUCGACGUCAGCGAAAUUAACGUGUACUUCUACGACUUACCCAAAAACCACGUGGAAACAUUCACAAUAGAAAAUGCCGCCAACGGCAUCCUCUCCAUCAAAGACCUGGACAAGAGCAAGAGAUUCAUUAUCUUCGUCGGAGGCUUCAAGUCCAACAUCAACAAAAGAACAGAAGAGAAAGUCAGACAGACCUUCAGAAACUUCCCCAACAGUUACCUGAUCAUCCUCGACCAUUCCCCUUACACGAACGAUAAACAAGGCAGCAUAAAGAGCUACGAAAGGUCCGUGAAAUAUGUCCACUAUAUUGGCAAAGCGUUGGGCAACAUGCUUGCUAAGUUAUCAGAAGGAGGUAUUUCGCCGAAGAGCAUACAUUGCAUUGGCCACAGCUUAGGGAGCCAAAUCUUGGGUCAAGCUGGCGAGGUCUUUUUUAAAAGCACGGGAAAGAAAGUCUGGAGGAUUACCGGCUUAGACCCAGCUGGUCCGUGCUUCUCCAACAGCUUAAUGCAAGAGCAAAUCAGGUCUGGGGUGGCAGAAUAUGUGGAGGUGUACCAUUGUAAUGCUGGAGGAUUAGGCACCACUAGCAUAAUAGCCGAUGUGGACUUUUUCGUCAACAAAAAGGGAGCGUCACAGCCGAACUGCGGUACUCCUCUGAUUCCUGGGAUAUUUGAUUCAUCCAAAGCAGCCAAAUGCAAUCACAGGGCCUGUAUCGAUAUUUGGACGGCCACAGUCGCCCAUCCUGAAUGGUUCAUGGCAUGGCAAUGUGACUCUUAUAAAAAGUUCAAAAAGGGCAAUUGUUCUACGAACGAUUCUACCAUUGCCGGUUUCUGGAAUCCUGGUAAUGCCACCGGUAUUUACUACUUCUCCACCGAAGGAUACGACUUUUAG